CCUAUCGCGAGAAUACUGUACAGUGCAGCGGUUCUGUUAUCCUGAACGCUGCAUAGGGUGAGCAGUCAUGCGUUGUUACGACGUGAGUUUAGAAGCCGCGUAAAUAUGGCUGCGGCAAUAGCGAGUGGUUAUUAUGAUCGUAUGUAAUGAGUAUGUAUAAUGUUUGCGAUUGUUCUUGUUGGUGUACGGUGAUGAGAUCAACGUGCCAUCGGCAAAGAUGAGCGAAAGAAAGUUCACUCGCGGCUUGGGUAAACCAGGCAUGGCCGCUCAAUUACGAGAGACUGUUUCUCAGGUAGUACGCGAGAGUACCGUACAGAGUAAGCCACAUUUAGUAGAACCCAUAGAUUUUGAAAGUUUUGUGUUAAAAAAUAAAACUUUAUUACAAAAUGACCCUCAGAGAGAGCUUCUACUUUAUCCUCAGGAUGAUGUCUCACAAGUAGUAUUACCCAGAAGAUAUCGUACUCUUACACCGACAGUACCACAAGUUUCAGAUAAUGAUGAAGGAGGAGAGAAUCUUCUUACAAAAGAAUGUUUACGAAGUUAUACAUCUAACUGGAACCUGAUACAUUAUAAAUAUUCUGCUUAUAGCGGAACUUAUCUUGAACUGCCUAAAAUAGCAAAAGCAGAUGAUUUAAAAGAUGAAAUAUAUGAAAUUGAUACUGAGGUAGACCAAGUUGACGAGGAAUUAACGAAGAGUAAUGGCAUCACAAAAGAAGGCUAUUUGAUGAAAGGACCAGAAAUUGGAAGCAGUGAUCGAAUGUUUGCACAUAUUGGCUCAAAAUCAUUUAAAAGACGAUUUUGUCACCUUAGACAAGAAGUCGAUGGCACAUACAUCCUUGAAUUUUUUAAGGAUGAAAAGAAAGGAGAAGCUAAAUUAACAAUAGUAAUGGAUUUUUGUACUGAAGUUACAAGAAAUCCAAAACGUGGAAGGUAUUGUUUUGAGUUAAGAAUGAGCGGGACUCAUAAAUCAUAUACUUUAGCAGCAGAUAAUGAGACAGAUAUGCAAGAUUGGUUAUUAAAGUUAAGCUCAGUAUUACAGCAUUAUAAGCAGCAGGAAGAGAAACGCGCUGCUUCAUUAGAAAGAGCAUGCAAUACACCUCCCCCCUCCCCUCAACCUAUGCAAGUUUAUGGAACAUUAAAAGGCUUGGAGCAGAGCAUGAAUCCACAGUUAAUCAAAUAUUCUAGAGAAACUGAUACAAGUAUAGCAUUAGCUAGACGUGAAAAUCGUAAACGAUUAUUUAGUAUUUAUCCUCAUAUUCCGCAUAAUAAACAACAGUCAGGAAGUUCUUGCGAACAUAACGUUGAUCCAUUUAAAGAGCAAUUUGGACAUAGAAUUUUUGUGAAAUGCGAAAGUCUGAAAUUUAGAUUACAAGCACCAAUAGAUGAAAAAGAGUCAUUGUGUCAAGUGGAACCAUAUCAAACCACACUAAGUCUUUACGAUGCAAGAAAUGGUAGAAAACUUGCAGAAAAUUUUCAUUUUGAUAUUAAUCAUGAAGUUGUUCAAGAAAUGGUAAAAGAAUUAAGUCCUGUUGGUAUUAUGACAGAAUGUACUGAUAACGUAAAAUUACCGGAUGAUUUAAAAAGUAUACCUUUAGACUGGAUUAAAUAUCCAAAACAGGCCAUAUUUAGUAUUAGUAAUCCUCAUCCUGAUAUAUUCUUGGUUGUAAGAAUAGAUAAAAUAUUACAAGGAAAUAUAUGCCAAACUUCAGAACCAUACUUAAGAGCUACGAAAGAUCCAAGAUUAGGUUUGAAAGUUCAUAAACAAGUUAGAGCAUGUUGCCAAAGAUUGGGAAAUUACAGAAUGCCUUUCGCUUGGGCUGCCAGACCCCUAUUUAGAUUAUAUAGUAAUGAAUUAGAUGUAUCAUCUGAUUUUCCAGCGAUAUAUAGACAAGAAGGAAAUAAGAUAAAGGAUGAUGAAUUACUAAAACUUCUUUCAGAGUACAGGAAACCUGAAAAACUUAGUAAAUUGACUGUGAUACCAGGAUGGUUAAAAAUAAAAAUUGAGUCAAUUACAGAAUUACCUGAAAAUACAUUGUCUACAUCCUUAGCAGCUUUAAAACCAUUUCCACUACCACCGCCUUCUGAACCGGUUCUUGAAGUGGCAGAGUUUGAAUGUACAUCAGAAAAAGACGUCCAUCCUUACACGACAUACAUUAAUCAUCUGUAUGUUUAUCCACAAACUCUGUGCUUCGAUGCUCAAAAAAUAUUUACGAGAGCCAGAAACAUCGCAUGUAUCGUUGAAUUACGAGACGAUGAUGGUGAAACUGCCGCACCUUUAAGAUGUAUAUAUGGAAGACCCGGUGCUCCACUCCUAUGUUUGCGAGCGUGUUGUUCAGUUUUACAUCACAAUGCUGUUCCUUCAUGGUAUGAAGAAAUUAAAAUACGACUACCGACGAAACUUCAUUCUAAACAUCAUUUACUUUUUUCGUUUUAUCACAUAAGUUGUGAUAUGAACAAGAAGAAAGAGAAUGGAGUUGAAAAUUGUGUUGGUUAUGCCUGGUCCCCUUUGUUGUAUAAAGGAAGAUUGAAUGUAGAUAUGGAUAUGAACGUGCAAGCACUGCCAGUAGCUACACAUUUACCUUCAGGAUAUCUUUCAAUACAGCCUCUUGGACUAGGAAAAGGGAAUGCGGGACCGGAAAUAACAUGGAUUGACUCUCAGCGACCAGUGUUUACAGUAGCAUUUCAAUUAAUUUCAACCGUGUUUACACGUGAUGUACAUUUGCAUAAUUUAUUUGCUCACAUGGAACGAAUUUUGGAUACAACCACGGGAGCCGUACCAGCAGAUUCAGAAACAUGCAAAAUAUUAAAAGCUGCACAUGCGGUACAACUAGUUACUGUUAUUACAUUUCUUCCUACUAUAUUGACUCAAUUAUUUACAUUAUUAACGCAUACUACAAAUGAAGAAGUUGGAUUAUUUAUUAUAAGACUUUUAAUACAUUUUAUAAAUAUGGUGCAUGAAGCUGGUAGAAAGGAAAUUCUUCAAGCUUAUAUUAAGUUUGUUUUCGUAUCGCCUACGCAAGGAAAUGGUAGUGUUACAGUUCAUGAACAGUUAGGAAGGCAUCUGCCCACAUUGUUAAAGCCUAGUAACACCGACUUUUUAGUCGUAAAUAAAUUUAUGCAUCAUUCCAACUUCUUUUUUGAAAUAAUGAUCAAAAGUAUGGCACAACGAUUACUUUCCACGGGAAGAAUAAAGAUGCAUAGAAAUGAAAGAUUUUCUAAAGAAUACCAUGAAAAAAUUAAAAGUUUAGUUAAUGAUAUUAUGCCCUGUCUUAUGACCAAGUAUAAGGAGAUGCCUGUUGAAACUCAUGAAUUAAAUAAGAGUCUUGCGCAGUUUCUAAAACGAUGUCUUACGUUCAUGGAUCGAGGAUUUGUUUUCCGUUUAAUCAAUUCGUACAUGGACAACUUUUCCCCUGGCGACCCACGUACAUUGCACGAUUUCAAAUUUACUUUCUUACAAACAAUUUGUUCGCACGAACAUUAUGUGUCCUUUAAUUUGCCAAUGAUGCAAUCACGAAUCACCUCCAGAGAAGAUACAGAGAGUGAUCCAGAAUGUGAUGAUUUAAUUAAUGAGUAUUGCUUGUCUGAAGACUUCUGUAAACACCAUUUUUUGGUUGGACUCCUAAUGCAAGAGGUUAAAACGUCUUUAAACGAAAUUGUACAAAUUCGAAAGGUAGCUAUAGCUACAUUAAGAGAUUUAAUGGCAAAGCAUGAACUUGAUGAUAGAUAUCAGAAUAAGGGUCAAUUAAGUAGAAUAGCGUCCAUUUAUAUACCGUGGUUGGGUAUUGUAUUGGAAAAUUUGCAUCGACUACAGUCUGUACAUGACAGUAAUAAAACGGAAACUAAACAAAAUGGAACUAGCAGAAUAUCAACGAGUAGUUCAUUUUUAGCAAACAAAGAUACUAAUAGUGUUACAACUACUGGAACUCCAAAGUCAAUUCACAGACUUACACUAAAUUUGGAUACGCAAUCUCCAAUAAGAGCGUCCAUGCAUCUACGAGAUUCUACAUAUUUUGCAGCCAUAGCGGGGCAAGGUUUAGUUAAUGGAUAUUCAUGCACUAGCAUAGAAUCAGAUACAUCAACCAUAUCUGGUGCUUCACAGUCAAAUAUAUCUCAAGAAACUACAAUUGUAAUUCGCGAACCUAUCGAGAAUGGUAUGAGCGAAAAAAAGAGACAUUCACGUUCUUUAAGUGUUACGCAGUCAUCGCCUAGAUGCGAUAAGUUGCAGUCGUCGGAAGUAAAGGAUAUUCUGCUCUGUUUCUUAUUCGUGAUAAAAUAUUUGGGUGAUCAUCAAGUUAUCGCUUGGUGGCAACAAUGUAGCGACUGUGAAAUUCUGAACUUUUUUUCAGUGAUAGAAAUGAGCCUGUAUCAUUUUAAAUACGUAGGGAAAAGACAAAUUGCUACAAAUACGACAAACAAUUGUGGAAAACCGCGAACAGUGAAAGCAAUGACGUUGCCAGCCAGAAUGGCACCUCCUGAUUUUUCCACCGAGGGACCUGCUACUAGCACUUUACAACCUCAUAACAGUACUCCCAGGGAAAACCUUGUUGAAAACGAUAGUGGUAAAGUGCAUCAGGUUCUAUUAGAAGCAAAUAUGGCAACAGAAGCUGGUCUCAUUGCAUUAGAUUGUUUAGGAUUAUUCUGCCUCCACUUUAAGGACGUACUUUUAACAGCAAGUGGCGAUAAUCCAAUUAUGCAAAAAGUAUUUACUAUUUAUUUAUCAUUCUUACAAGUUGGUCAAUCUGAAACUUUAUUGCGCCAUGUUUUUGCUAGUUUCAGAGCUUUCUUAAAUAAUUACUCUAUAAUUCUUUUUCAAGGAAAUGCAAUCCUGUGUGGGCGUUUGUGUUACGAAUUAUUACGUUGUUGUAACAGUAAAUUAAGUUCUAUUAGACAGGAGUCAUGUGCUUUGCUUUACCUUCUUAUGAGAAGUAACUUUGAGUUUACCAGUAGGAAGGGUUUGACUAGAGUUCAUUUACAAGUAAUUAUUUCGGUUUCUCAAAUGCUUGGAAAUGUUAUCGGAUUAAAUAAUUCAAGAUUUCAAGAAUCGUUGUCAUUGAUAAAUAGUUACGCUUCGUCUGACAAAGUAAUGAAAGGUACAGGCUUUCCAGUAGAAGUGAAAGAUCUUAAUAAAAGGAUUCGAACCGUUCUAAUGGCAACAGCACAAAUGAGGGAACAUAACAAUGAUCCGGAAAUGUUGGUCGAUUUGCAACACAGUUUAGCCAAUUCUUACGCUAGUACACCAGAGUUACGAUAUACGUGGUUAGAAACUAUGGCUAGAAAUCAUGCAAGAGAUGGCAAUUUUUCAGAGGCUGCUUGUUGUCAAUUACACAUUGCUGCAUUAAUGGCCGAAUAUUUGAAACUAAAAAAAAUUCACACAUGGGGAGCAGAAGCAUUUGAUAAAAUCUCUGAAAACAUUUCUAGAGAUGAGUGCAGUCUUAAACUCGAUGCUGGUGAGAUUUGCGUGCAAGAUAUCCAUUAUAACGAGUAUUUACUUCUUGAACAAUUGGAAGUUUGUGCUGAAAUGUUAGAGAAAGCAGAACGAUUCGAACUUCUUGGACAUUUGUACCGUUUAAUAGUUCCUAUUUACGAAGAGAAACGAAAUUAUGAAGCUCUAGCAAAUUGUUAUUCACAUUUAGCGCAAGCAUGUAAUAAAAUUGUAGAAGUUACUAAAUCCGGAAAAAGGCUUCUCGGCAGAUUUUAUAGAGUUGCAUUUUUUGGUUCGGCAUAUUUUGAAGACGAGAAUGGGCAGGAGUAUAUUUAUAAAGAACCAAAAAUUACGUCCUUAUCAGAGAUUUCAGAGCGUCUAAAUCAUUUAUAUUCCGAUAAGUUUGGCGCAGAAAACGUUAAAAUGAUCAUGGAUUCUGUACCUAUUGAUAUAACCAAUUUGGAUCCAAAAUUUGCAUAUAUUCAAGUGACGCAUGUAACACCUUAUUUCGAAAAAUAUGAAUUAGAAACUCGGCAAACAGAAUUCGAACAAAAUCACAACGUGUCCUGCUUUAUGUUCGAAACUCCAUUUACUAAAGAAGGAAAAGCAAGAGGUAAUCCAGAAGAUCAGUGGAAGCGGAGAACAAUUUUAACGACGCAAUAUUCCUUCCCGUAUAUCAAAAAACGGAUUUUAGUAUCUGAGAGACGGAUAAUGGAACUCAGUCCAAUAGAAGUAGCAUUGGAUGAAAUGAGACAACGCGUUCAAGAAUUGGAAGAUGUAGCUCUUAUAGGUCCAACGGAUGUAAAAAAGUUACAGUUAAGACUACAAGGCAGUAUAUGCGUUACAGUCAAUGCUGGACCACUCGCAUACGCUUCUGCAUUUUUAGAUCCCGCAUUAUCUCCUCAGUAUCCAGAUGAUAAAGUUGAAGAAUUGAAAGAUGUUUUUAGAGAAUUUGUUAAGAUAUGUUACACAGCUCUUCAAAUAAAUAGUAAGUUAAUUACAUCCGAUCAGCACGAGUACCAAGAAGUAUUACGUGAGAAUUAUCAGAAACUUUGUCAAAGUUUAUCAUCGUUACUUGGAGAAUCUGUUUGGCCUGAUGAGCAAGUAUGUAAUUUUAAACGUAAUAGCGCUGCUUUGUUUAGUGCUAUCAGUGGUGCUACUAAUCAUUCGAGUACAGCCUAAAAUAAGAAACGUUUGGAAAGAAGUCACCCGCGUAAUUCAAUUAGCUUUGUUUUUAAAGCAAUUUCUUAUCUAAAUGAAUGGUACAAAGUGGGUUACAUAUUAUCCCAUUACUAAUUUGCUUAAGCACAAAAGUAACUGUGUUAUUAAUUAUGAAUUAGAAAAUAUUGUUACUAAUUUAGUAAAUCAUUACAAUUAUACAUUAAUAUUAGAAUCAACCUAUCUUUUCCUAUUACUUCGCUUAAUGGCAAUAUAUGCAUAAAUAAUGUUGCAUAGAAUAGAAAUGAGAACUUCAAAUGUUUGGUUUUACAUUAUACUUCACAAACAGUGAACGUAUACUAGUAUUUCUAUGAAUAGUAUAAUAAUUGUCUGGUGGCCUAAUUACAAGGGUUUUACAUAUUUGACUCUCCGUCAUAUUCCGACAUAUUUUUUGUACUAUAGGUACUCCUUUUUAAUAAAAAUUUAUACGAAUAAAAAGUGAAUUGCAGGAAUAAUAUUUAGACAUUUUUAUCUCAGUGAAAGAUUUAAAUUUCUCUUAAAUGCAAAAUUUAUAAUUGUCUUAUACACAAUUUUUACACACUAAAAAAAAUAUAUAUAUAUUAAAUCUAGUUGAAUGUAGUAUAGUUUGGUGUUAUGCACCUAAAGGGGCAUUUAUAUGUAUGAGUACACAUUGACUUAAGAAUUAAUAAUUUGUAUAUUAAAAUACGUUACAUGCGUAGAAUUUAAUUUGUAUAUAUUUGUAUAAUUUAUUCUACGUAUAUGGAUUAUGUAAAGAAGAUCUAGUUAGCAAACAUUCUAUAAUUAUGCAAGUAUUAUUAUUAACUGAGAAGAGGAGAAUAUUUUAUGACAUUAUCACAUUUUGAGAAGUAAAAUAUUU